AUGCCGUUUAAAGAGAAUACUUCAGAUCUGAAUGACUGCCGCACACUAGCGCUAGAGAAACGUCUUGCACGUGAUACAAAUUUGCGAGACCAGUAUAAAGAUUUCAUCCAUGAAUAUGAAACUCUUGGCCAUUGUGAAGAAGUUGAAAUGGCAAACGAAACAUCAACCGAAAACAAAUAUUAUCUGCCACAUCAUGCAGUUCUACGUCCAUCCAGUAGUAGCACUAAAUGUAGAGUAGUGUUCGACGCGAGUGCAAAAUCGUCUCCUGCUGAUUUUUCGCUCAAUGAUGUACUUAUGGUUGGUUCUGUAGUGCAAAGCGACCUUUUCUCAAUCAUAUUGCGUUUCAGGAAAUAUAACAUCCGCACCAUUUCAAGCCAGCCGCUGCUUGAUGAAACCGCCGAUGACGAAGCUGUUGAGACGCCUACCGCAGCUCAUGUUCUGCGAGAAGAUUUUUACAUAGAUGACGCAUUAUCUGGUGCUGAUACCAUUCACGACGCCGUAGAUAUUCAGCUUCAACUACAACUAUUGCUGUGUAAAGGUGGUUUCGCCAUUCAUAAAUGGUGCUCAAAUUCCGAUGAAUUUUUAUCGAAUAUUCCUGAAGAAUUCCGAGAGAAACAAAUGCCGAUUCCGGAAUAUGAAGCGAACGGAGUAAUUAAGUUACUUGGAUUACUGUGGGAUCCACAGAAUGAUCUGUUCUUCAUAGCGAAUCCUUUCCGACAAGAGACGACGAACGAUACCAUUUCCAACAGAAGUAUUUAUUCCGAAAUAUCGAAACUGUUCGAUCCGAUUGGAUUACUAGCUCCAGUCAUCGUGACAGCGAAACUGUUGGUUCAACAGUUGCGUAAAGCGAAACUCGAAUGGAACGAACCGGUGAACAAUGAAUGGAUGGAUCUGGAAACGGAAUCGCCACUGCUAACCCGUAUUAACGUUCCUAGACGUGUUACGUUCGACAACGUGGUGUCAUAUUCGCUUUAUGGAUUUGCAGACACAUCUUCAGUUGCUUAUGGUGCUUACAUAUAUUUGCGUAAUGAAUUUGCCGAUGGUUCCGCCAAACUACGCUAG